AUGGUAUCCCUUACGCCAAACCCCCGGUUGGAAGUCUACGGUUUGCUAAACCGCAACCAAUACAGGGGCCUUCAAAACUAUAUACAGGGUAAUUGGACAGUACCCAGCGAGGACUGUUUGACACUAAACAUAUGGUCGCCAACUGUGGCAAAAAACAUCCGAUUUAUGCGAACACCACUCAAACCCGUAAUGUUUUUCAUAUACGGCGGGGGACUGAGUUGGGGGUCAAUUAAUUCAGUGAACAACGACUUUAGUUGGUAUAAUGGCAGUGUGUUUGCCGCACAGGACAUCGUGUAUGUGGCCGUCAACUAUAGAUUAGGACCCUUUGGCUUCCUAUACGGCGGGGACGAGUCAGCCCCGGGAGAUGUGGGCUUUCAUGACCAACUUUUGGCACUCAAAUGGGUAAGAGAUAACAUCCAUGAAUUCGGUGGGGAUAGGGAUCAGAUCACUAUAUUUGGUGAGGGGGCCGGCACUAAGGGUGUGUCGGGACUGGUAUUGUCUCCCUUAGCGAAAGGUCUGUUUAAGAGGGCUAUACUGGAGAGCGGAUCCAUUUUAAAUAANUUCGGUGGGGAUAGGGAUCAGAUCACUAUAUUUGGUGAGGGGGCCGGCACUAAGGGUGUGUCGGGACUGGUAUUGUCUCCCUUAGCGAAAGGUCUGUUUAAGAGGGCUAUACUGGAGAGCGGAUCCAUUUUGAAUAACAAGAAAAGGGCUGUAUAUUGUUUUAGACUUCGGAAUAGCCGUCGGUUUGUUAACCGGCGUUUUCAGUUAACAUUAGAAUGCGUAAUGAGCACCAAAUACUUUGAUGAGGGGACUGACUACUUGCCACAAUUACCUAUCAAUAUAUUUAAGGGACAUGAUUAUAGCACCGAUGUGGACAUAAUGGCGGGGGUAACACAAGGUGAUGGCGCCGACUCGGUUGCUAUUGCCAUACCAGCCCUGUUGGGUAACUUAACUCAAGACUUGUUCACUGAGUUGGUCAAGAAUUUUACCCAGGGCUAUAAGGAUAUUGACUAUCAGUCUGUGACAAGAUUUUAUUUGCAAAACGUGGACACAAGUAGUUCCGAUGCACUUCGAGUAGCCUUUUAUAACCUCUUCGAGGACCUGACUAUCAAGUGUCCGACCUAUCUAUUUGCCAAGAAUUAUGCCAUACAUUCCCCCCAACGCAACGUGUAUUUCUUUGAACUCACUUAUAUGAGCCAAAACUCCCCCAAAUGGGGGUGUGUUGACUCACAUAUGGGUAUUUGUCACGGAUCUGAAGUGGAGUUUGCGUUUGGGUUACCCCUCAUAUAUCCGGAUACUUAUAGCCAAGAAGACGUUGAUUUCGCGGGAUAUGCGACCAAAUUGUGGACUGAUUUCGCUAAAACUGGAGUACCCGAACCUAAAUGGCCCAGGCUUAUUGGCAGUAAGUAUAAUGAGUCCAUUAUUAAAGACUUGAAUCCAGCUCAAAGGGAUCGUGUCUUAUCUGUGCAAAUAUUUACAUACCAGGCCCACAACCACGACUAUAGCGGGUGCGGGCAUAGCUACCUGUGCUUCGGGAUGCCUGAGUCUGACUGUAUCCGGCAAACCAAUUGUACAGUCCUUUUGAAGGUAUGGCCGUCAGAAAAGGGCACCAAAUUUGCUGUCAAUUGGCACCUGAAUGCCGGAAUACAGAGCCAAUACGUGGCCACCGGUCUGUCCGCUGACAAUAUGAUGGGCAACGACUCGGUCACCGAAUGUAUACUAAAUAGGGAUAACGGAGCGCCUGUUGAGCGCCAGGGGCUCACAUUUGGUGGGAAGGAGUUCGGUGUAAAUACCGUACAAAUGGAUGGUAUCUCUGAGGUUAAGACCAGUUAUUCGGAUGAUAUGUUGAGUUGCGAGUGGAUCCGAGCCAUACAAACCCGCGUAAAUGACCUGGAGUUUGAUUUGACCAAGAAUAGCUAUUAUGUUAUGUUAGCUUAUGGACCCGUUAAUAGUAAAGGUACGAGAUAA